AGCCACGGGGCGUUGACCAGCCCCGAUCUCGCAGAUCUACGCCCGGUGGCGUCCCCGCGGCAGGAUGGACAACCGGAAGCGGCUGGCCUACGCCAUCGUGCGGUUCCUGCAGGACCAGCUCCGGCACGGGGGCCUCUCGUCCGACGCUCAGGAAAGCCUGGAAGUUGCCAUCCAGUGCCUGGAGACGGCUUUCGGGGUGACAGCGGGAGACAGUGACCUGGCGCUCCCACGGACGCUGCCCGAGAUCUUCGAAGCAGCCGCCACGGGCAGGGAGAUGCCGCAGGACCUGAGGAGCCCCGCACGAACCCCGCCUUCCGAGGAGGACUCGGCUGAGGCAGAGCGCCUCAAAACCGAAGGAAACGAGCAGAUGAAGGUGGAGAACUUCGAGGCCGCUGUGCACUUCUACGGGAAGGCCAUCGAGCUGAACCCAUCCAACGCCGUCUACUUCUGUAACAGAGCCGCGGCCUACAGCAAGCUGGGGAACUACGCGGGCGCCGUGCGGGACUGCGAGCGCGCCAUCUGCAUCGACCCGGCCUACAGCAAGGCCUACGGCAGGAUGGGACGGGCGGCGUGGGCGGCUUCGACAUCGCGGGCCUGUUGAACAACCCCAGCUUCAUGAGCAUGAUGUCCGGGAUGAUCUCGGGCGGCCACAACCCCCUGGGCACCCCCGGCACCAGCCCUUCGCAGAACGACCUGGCCAGCCUCAUCCAGGCGGGCCAGCAGUUCGCGCAGCAGAUGCAGCAGCAGAACCCGGAGCUGAUCGAGCAGCUGCGCAGCCAGGUCCGCAGCCGCACGCCCAGCGCCAGCAACGAGGAGCAGCAGGAGUGACAGAAGGACCGACGGGCGAGGCUCAGGCUGAGAGGCCGGCUCCAGUCCCCGCCCGGCCCUGAGUCGCGCCUGUCCCCCAGCCCGGCGGAGCUCUGCCCGCACUGACUGGAAGCCUCGUCUUGCCGUGUCUCCUGGUGGGCUGCCCAAGAGAGCUGGACCUGCAUGCUAGACGGACCUUCCUCCUGUCCUUUCCCCGCCGUCCCCAGACCUCAGCGAACGAGCCGCCAGCAGGUCCCAGGCCCGCCUUGGGACGCGGCCCCAGGGGACAGGGGCGGGGUUCCUUUCCCGGCUCCACCUUGUGUCCCCGGCCUCUCCGAGAGCCCCUGUGAGAAGCCGUGCUCCGGUCGCCUGGCUGCCACGUGCCCUGCCCAGAGAGCCCACUGCCAGCUUGGCAGGGGCCGCGCCCGCCUGGACCCACCCACAGCGUCUGCGUGAGGGACUUAUCACUGGUGCCCAAGAGACAACAUGGGUCACCCCGUGUCCCGCCGGGAGCCGUCGUGGGGCACAGGACCGUCUCUGUGACGUCCUCCACAUGAGCGUGUGCCUCCCGUGUGGCUUUUCCCGUCCUCAUGGAGACAGCUGGCCGUGGACACAGGACGAUUGGACCACGCUGCCCUGCCCUGCUCCCAGGGAGGGAGGUGCGAGCGCCCGCGAGCUGCGCAGCCUGCCCGAGGCGCGGCCACUGUCCCCGCAGCUCGGCUCGCGGCUGGGCUGGGCCCCUGGUCCCCUGCCCCGUCCGCAGCCUAUCAGUGGGAGCCCUGGGCUCCCCGCCCGGGAGGUGGCCACAGCCCAUGUGUCCUAUAGGAAACCAGUAGGCGGAGGGCCCGCGGGCUUCAGGGUGGCCUCGGCCCACCGGGAGGCGUCGGAGGGAGCCAGUAGGCAGAGGGCCGCGUGGCCGCCUGCACCCCGCGAGCGCGCCGCGUCUGAGCCCGUGCUAACGGCGUGUCGUGUGGGGAAUAAAUGGACGCCGUGA